UGUAAAGGACAGGCCCACACGUGACGAGGUGACAUGUACGAUUCGGAGAAAACACGUGGAGGCAGAGUGGGCCCGGCGGCGUCAGUCAAAAUUUACGCUUCCUGACCUCGGAGUCGGAGAGGAGCUGCCUUUACCAGGUGCUUACCGUAGCAGAUAUUUGAUAAUACCACCUCUUCAUUCUCUCUCUCUCUCUCUCUCUCUCUCUGUAGUCUCGGCCACCAUUUCCAUUUCCAAUUCCACCUUCUCACCGUUUUAUUCUUCUCUCUCUCUCUCUCUCUCUCUCUCUCUCUCUCUCUCUUUUGCUCUGCAACAAACAAAGCCGAUGGAAACCCUAAUUUGACUCUGGAAGCCGGAAAUUAUACUAAAAGAUUUCCACAGUUUUUUUUUUUUUUUUUUUUGGGGGCAUUUGGUGGUCCAUGAAUUUCUAGGGGAUCCACUUGGAGUUUUGCUCUAAUGGCCGUCGUGUAAACUUCAUUCCCCCCCCCCCCCCCCCCCCCCCCCCCCCAACAAAAAGAAUGUCCGUUGCCGAGCUCAAAGAGCGACACGUAUUGGCCACGGAGACGGUCAACUCCCUCAAAGAGCGCUUGAAGCAGAAGCGGCUUUCUCUGCUCGACACAGAUGUUGCAGGCUAUUCGAGGUCUCAGGGGAAGACUGCGGUCAACUUUGGACCCACGGAUCUGGUUUGCUGUAGAACGUUGCAAGGUCAUACAGGAAAGGUGUAUUCAUUAGAUUGGACUCCUGAAAGGAAUCGUAUUGUCAGUGCAUCUCAAGAUGGGCGGUUAAUAGUGUGGAAUGCACUAACAAGCCAGAAAACCCAUGCUAUAAGACUGCCUUGUGCAUGGGUCAUGACUUGUGCUUUCUCGCACACUGGUCAAUCUGUUGCCUGUGGUGGUCUUGAUAGUGUUUGCUCUAUCUUCAACCUUAAUUCUCAAACUGACCGGGAUGGGAAUCUGCCUGUGUCAAAAACACUUAGUGGGCAUAAGGGUUAUGUUUCUUCUUGUCAGUAUGUUCCAGAGGAGGAUACACACCUCAUUACCAGUUCUGGUGAUCAGACAUGUGUUUUGUGGGAUAUCAGUACUGGCCUAAGAACUUCAGUUUUUGGAGGUGAAUUUCAGUCUGGACAUACUGGAGAUGUACUAAGUGUCUCAAUUAAUGGAUCCAAUCCAAGAAUGUUUGUAUCUGGUUCAUGUGAUUCAACAGCCCGAUUAUGGGACACUCGUGUUGCAAGUCGGGCAGUACAGACAUUUCAUGGGCACGAGGGAGAUGUUAAUAGUGUAAAGUUUUUUCCAGAUGGCAAUAGAUUUGGUACUGGCUCCGAUGAUGGAACUUGCAGGUUAUUUGACAUUAGGACUGGACACCAGCUUCAAGUAUACUAUCAGCAGCAUGGUGAUAAUGAUGUUCCACAUGUGACUUCCAUUGCAUUCUCAAUAUCAGGAAGACUUCUCUUUGCUGGAUACUCCAACGGUGAUUGCUAUGUAUGGGAUACUUUAUUGGCCCAGAUGGUUCUGAACUUGCGAUCUUUCCAAAAUUCACAUGAGGGUCGAAUUACCUGUUUGGGUUUGUCAGCUGAUGGAAGUGCUUUGUGUACAGGAAGUUGGGAUACAAACCUGAAGAUAUGGGCUUUUGGAGGGCAUAGGAGGGUUCUUUGAACCGUUGGGGAGCAAAGCUUCUAUCUUCAUUAUGAGGUCCAUCUCUUCUCAAAACCAUGGUUCUUAUUCAUUGCCUUCGCAGAGGAUUUCUUUCAUAGAUCCUUUAUGUUGUUGGCAAUCACUCGGGUUUGAGAAAACUACAAUCCUGUAAUGUGUUGCUUGUUGUAAUCCUAAUUGGGAAAACUGACAAUUUUACUACUGAAAAGAAUAUACAAUGCUUGAGAACUUCCUUUGC